AUGAAGAGGUUGGCUCAAUUCCUCAUGCGAUAUGCCGCUGAGGUGGGAUUCCGAGGCAUUCGGAUCGACUGCAUCCAAGACGCCGUCACCAAAGUGUGGUCUCAGCCUCCGCCGCCGGUCAAGAGCACGCCCAUAUCUGAGUUCCAUACGAGCGACCUUUACGAAGACGAGCAGGUCAAUGGAUCUACCCGCAAAGUCAAGCCUUUUGGCGAAGCUAAGCAACGAAUCACGAGGAUCUUCGUCGACUUGAAACCCAGUGCCAAUGGACACAUAACAGCUGAAACUUCUCUUCCAACGGUGGCAACUGCUUUGGAGUGA